AUGGCCAGCCUGGAGAUCUUGCUCCUGGUGCUGGUUCUGCCCCACUUUCUCCUGGCACUGACAGGAGAAGGAGGUCGUGGAGAGAGUUCCAGACCUGCAUCUCCUGAGGAUGAAGGCCAGGCCACGGGGACUGUCCCCGUGGCCAUCACCACCUUUGUGGCCAUGGGGACUUCUCUGCUAAAGCAACUGCAAGACCAUGAGGGUGACCGAGUGGAGACCUACUGGGAGCUGGAGAGCCUCCUGCAGGGGCAGGAGGGCUGCUUGCCAAGCGGCGUUGUGAACCGGCUGAUGGCAGAGGUGUCCAGGGACAUGCAAGCAGCCCAGGGGGUGACAGAUGAGGUGCAGGUGGCUGCUGGCGACGUGCUGCUGGCCCUGGCCCGCUCCCACUUCCACUUCGUCAUGGCCGAGCUCCAGAGCCAGCUGAAGGCCACGGGGAAGGUCCCUAAGGAGCCUGUGCUGCUCACCCUGGGCAGCAUGGCCCGCAGCUACGCCUUGCAGUGCCUCCCCUUCGUGGGGGUGACUCUGCCCGCCCUGUGUGCCGCCAUGAGCCAGGUGGGGAGUGGCCGGGUGCUGCGCGCCGCCUGCUCCGUUCUGGAGCAGUGGUCAAAAGGGGUCCAGAGGUGCUUCUGCAGCCCAGAGCAAGGCUCCUUCCCCAGGUCCCAGGCAGCGCAGCUCUGUGAGGACAUCUACCCUGCCUUCUGCUACAUGGUGGCCAACUGGCUGGGCUGUGAGGAGGAGGAGGACAAGCAGGCUGUUGUCGGGGCGAUGGCUGCCAUGAUGGGGCUCCUUCUGCAGGCAAAGCAGCACCGAGAGCAGGUCUGGGAGCAGCUGCCCUGGCUCCUGCAACAGUGUCAGGAGGUCCAAGACACCUCCCGGGUCACCAAGAGCCUCAGCUAUGUCCUGGAGAUCCUGGAAGGACUUCAGAGCCCAGUGCCAGAGGGCAUAGCCCUUGCCAUCAGCAGCGCUGUGCACCGCCAGCUCUCUGACGUGUGCAAGGAGCCUGGCCCAGCCCAUCGGGCACUGCUGUCCCGCUGCUUCUUGCUGCAGGCCCCAGCCUGCCCCGAGGAGACGCUCAUCUUCCUGCAGUCCCAGUUGAGCGAUGACAGCCAGGCUGGGCGUGCAGCAGCCCUGGGCCUGCUGGGAGCACUGCUGCAUGCUGACACUCCUGUGGUCAGAGAGAAGCUGCCCCGCAUGGUGGAGGCUGUGCAGUCACUGAGCCACGACCCCAGCACCCAGGUGCGGAGGGCAGUGCUGGAGUUCAUCAGGGAGCUGCUCAGCUCCGGCUGCCAGAGCUGCUGGCCAUGGGAUGUGGUGGGGCACAUCUUCACCGAGUUCCAGCAGGCAUCGGGCAGCCUGGUGCCAGGAUGUCUUUUGCCCUGGGAAGCCGCAGGGGCUGGAGCUAUCCGAGCCCUGUGCGUGGACAUCCUGGGCUCGCUGGACAUGUCUCGCAGAGGGAUGCCCAAACUCCUGUGGCCGAGGCUGCUGCACUACGUGCUGCAGGCCCAGUACAGCGACUUGGUGGUGCCACUGUCCCGCUGCCUCCGAGCCCUGCUUGAGAGGCUGGAGAGAGGAUGUGAAGAAGAGGAGGAGCCUGAUGCCAUGGACUCCCAGGAGGAAGCCCAGGUGCCGGCUCCCCAGAGCCUGCUGGCUCGAGUGCUGUGCCGGGAGCCCCCGACGAGGGGACAUCAGGCCGGUGCCUGCCACGGGCCGGGCGGCGAGAGCCUUGCUCGGGGCCGGCAGCAGCCCGCAGAAGGCACCGGCUGCCGGCUGCCGGCUGCUGGCUGGGUGAUGGUGGCAGAUCCUCACCAGAGCAGGGAACGUGCAGUCGCUGCCUUGCAGCUGCUGCAGGCUCUGGAGGGCAGGAUCCACAGAGCCUUGGGGGCAGCGUGGGCGACCCAGAUCCCCCUCCUGCUGCAGCAGCUGGCAGGCAGCCCCGAGACAUCCCUGGGCUCUGUGGGGGAGUGGGAGCAGCAUGUGCUGAAGUUCCUGCGAGUGUCACUGGAGCACAUCCAGGACAAGGCCUGGAGCGUGAGCCUGAGCCAGGAACUGAACCAGCAGCUGGGCAGCUCUGCCCCUGGAUCCUGGCAGAAGCUUUUCCUCUACAAGGCCCUUGGGACAGCACUGGCAGCUUGUCAGGACCUCAAACAUGUCCAGGGGCAGGUGCUGAGGUUCCUCCAAGAGACAGACCCUGUGGAGCUGCCCGAGGUCCAGGCAGUAGUUUCUGUUGUGUCCCAUGCUGCUGAGGGCCACUUCCACCUGGUCCUGGACACGGUGAUGAUGUUCUCUGCCGCUUUCACCAGAGGCCAUCUCCGUCAGACCGCCACGGGCUGGACGGUCCGGCAGCAGCUGGCGAGAGCCCAGGCCACCUGCGCCGCUCUGAUGCGCAUCUGCGGCGGCAUCGCCCUGCGAGCCCCCAGGGAGCAGCUGCUCAGCCGCCUGGACAGCGACAUCCUGGGCAGCAUCCUGCGUCUCUCCAGAGCUCGGCAGAGGGACCUGCUGCUCAAGCUUGCCCUGGUGGAGAGCAUCCACAGUGUCACCCAAGCCGUGGGCAGCUGUGGCAGCUUUGAGCUUUCCUCAAGACAGGAGGUGAUGUGCACCCUGCUGGACUGGAUAGAGAAGGAGCCCUGGGAUUGCCUGGCAUAUGGAGUACUUCAGGUGCUGGCGGAGCUGAGCAAGCUGAGGCCACCUCUGAGCAGGGAGGAAACUCUCAGGCUGCUGGCAGUGUGCUGCCAGAUUGUGGUGGCCUCCCCUUCCAAGGGGCAGGUGACAAGGGGAAGGAAGGCAGCGAGGGCAGCUGAGAACAUGCAGUUCCUGCAUGGGAGAUUGCUGCCGGAUCUGGGCCACCUGAUGGAAACCCUCCUGGAGGCAGAGGGCAGCUCUGCCAUCUUUGAGGACGUGCUCCAC